AUGCCCUUCUCCUGCACACUUGCCUGUCAUCCGCACGGAGGCCGUGCUGCCAGCCUGCUGCAGCUCAAGGCCCCCGUGGGCACCAUAUGCGGGCACACAUUCUGCAGAAGACACGCCUUGAAGCUGGAGGAGUGUCCUGUGGACAAAGCCAAGCUGACGGUGCUGGUGAACAGCAUCAUGGUGGCCAAGCAGAUCGGGAAGUCUUCGUCCACAGCAGACAUGAUCUGCACACAGACCCUGCUGUGCUACCAGGACAGUGUGACCAUGCAGGCCAUGUCCCGGGGCUGGCUCUUCUCCGGGGCUGUGGACAGCACCGUACAGCGGCGGCCUGGCCGGGGGCUCCCCGGCGCUGUCCGUGGCCAGGCCCGCCGGAGGAAGCAGCCCCCCAGGCCGGCUGACUUCAAGCUGCAGGUCAUCAUCCUCAUCGGCUCCCGCGGCGUGGGCAAGACCAGCCUGAUGGAGCGCUUCACCGACGACACCUUCUGCGAGGCCUGCAAGUCCACCGUGGGUGUUGACUUUAAAAUCAAAACUGUAGAGCUAAGAGGAAAGAAAAUUAGAUUACAGAUCUGGGACACAGCGGGUCAGGAGAGAUUCAACAGCACUACCUCAGCUUAUUACAGAAGUGCCAAGGGGAUCAUACUAGUAUAUGAUAUCACGAAGAAGGAGACAUUUGAUGAUUUGCCAAAAUGGAUGAAGAUGAUUGAUAAGUACGCUUCAGAAGAUGCAGAACUUUUCUUAGUUGGAAAUAAGUUGGACUGUGAAACGGACAGAGAAAUCACUAGACAGCAGGGUGAAAAGUUUGCACAGCAGAUAACAGGGAUGCGGUUCUGUGAAGCAAGUGCCAAGGAUAACUUCAACGUGGAUGAGAUAUUUCUGAAACUCGUUGAUGACAUUCUAAAAAAGAUGCCUCUGGAUAUUUUAAGGAAUGAGUUGUCCAAUAGUAUCCUCUCAUUACAACCAGAGCCCGAGAUACCACCGGAACUGCCUCCACCACGACCACAUGUCCGGUGCUGUUGAUUUGCUACUUUGGAGACAACGUGGAAACAAUUCCUGGGAUGGGGAAAGUUCUAUCCUGCACUACAAUCAUUUUGACAAUUUCCUUUCGCACUUUGUAA